AUGACUUAUGAUAGAAUGAACCUAAAAGACAAAUUAAGAAAUGCAUCGCAAUACAGAAAUAGGAAAAUACCAGAAUCCUUGAUUCCGCCUCCGGUGACUUUCGAAGGAGAGGAUUUUGGAAGAAUCUCAGAAGAGCACAAUGAGGCCCUAGUGGUAGCCAUGAUCAUCGAACAUUGGAAUAUGGAAAGAAUCCUGGUCGAUGAAGGAAGUGCUAUCAACCCAAUAACAAGGAAAGCUUAUGAAAGCCUGGGAAGGGAUCUCGCAGAAUUAAAAAGGAAUGCUACUCCCGUGAAAGGAUUUGGUGGAUCUCCGAUCAAACCCAUAGGAACAAUUACAUAUUCAUUCUCCAUUGUUGUGUGGGUGCCAAAGCUCUCAAAAUAA